CAGGGAACGCCCAGGCAGCCGCGGCUCUCUUGACGGGGUCGGAGCGAAUAAAUGGCAGGGAGCUCAGAGCCGCGCGAUGCUGCGCUCUCCCGCGGGCUCGGGUCGGCAUCGGCUGCUUCUCGGGUCCAGUUUUCCUCGUCCUUUCGGCUUUGUGCCCCGCGGUUGACCACGGAAAGGGAGACCCAGCUUCCGGUCUCCGCCACCUUCCGCUCGCCUGCGCGGCUGCCCGGGCCUCCGGCGGGAGCCAGGUGCUUGCACUCUGCCGUCUUUUUUUGGUCACAGCCUCAUAAUGGAGUUCCCUGAUUUGGGGAAACAUUGUUCAGAAAAAUCUUGCAAGCAGCUAGAUUUUCUUCCAUUAACAUGUGAUGUAUGUAAACAAGAUUUCUGUAAAGAUCAUUUUACUUAUGCGGCACAUAAAUGUCCCUUUGCAUUCAAGAAGGAUGUUCAGGUCCCAGUAUGCCCACUUUGUAACAAGCCAGUCCCAGUAAAAAAGGGGGAGAUACCAGAUGUUGUGGUAGGCGAGCAUAUGGAUAGAGACUGUAAAUAUCGUCCUGAGAAGAAAGAAAAGAUUUUUAUGUACCGGUGCUCAAAGGAGGGAUGUAAGAAGAAAGAGAUGCUGCAGGUGACUUGUGACCAGUGUCGUGGCAAUUUCUGUAUUCAGCAUAGACACCCCCUGGACCACAGCUGCAGACGCGGGAGCCGCCCCAUGAGCGUCGCCGGGUGUUCGGCCAGGAGAGCCUCUGAAUCCAAGCCGUCGGGGGCUUUCAACACCCUGUCUUCCAGCUGGUUGGCUCAGCGAUUCAGGUCGAAAGUAAAGAGAUGACAUGACUCUGUUCAAGCUGGCACAUUAGCUUAUUUUUGUAUAUUAUAUUAACUUUGUGGGUAACUUUUGUGCUCUAGUACUUUCAUAAAUCUUAUGGUAAAGGUCUGAAACUUUUUAAAACUUUCCCAAUAAAAUGUGUAAAUUCUUUUGGCAAAAUAAUCAGAAGGGUAUUAAUAUUGUAAGGUGGGUUAAGCUGCUAUAAUAUCCUCCCUUCCCCACCCCAAAUAAAACAAAGUGGCUUGGUGAGCAAAGGGUCUGAGUGUGCUGCAUCAGAGGGCGGCUUUGCCCUGGGCUCAGUCGGUCCAGGACCCAGUCUUCCAGAAGCUUCACCAUUUAAACAACAGACAGCCGCUCGCACUGUCUUCAAAUGUGGCUUAUGUGGCAAUGUGGCCAUCGGAGCUCAGGAAGUGGGUGGGACUGGUGCCCCCCCCUUGUUAAGGGUCCAGCCCACCGCCCCCACUCCCCUGCGAGGACAGUCCUAUGACUGGGCUGAUUCUUACACUGGUGGCCUCAAUAUGUGGCGAGAGAGCUCUCAUUUCCUGGCGUCUUGGGGGAAAGAAAAUGCCAUCCAAGGUGGGUCCUGACCUUAACCUACUGGCCACCCAGCUGUAUGUUCCAGAUACCCCACUGAGCCUGGAUUAACAAAGACCCAAGCAGUUACUCUCUUCUGGUUUCAUAGCCUCCAAAUAAAUGGGAGAGGGGCUUGUAGUCAGGGUGCAUUCUACAUAAUACGUGGUCAAAACUGUUUCUACGUUGUCUUUAUUUAUGGAAUUUGUUCUUGACCCAUGGUUCUCGAGCUUUUGCAUGCAUCAGGAUCGCCUGGAGGUCCUGUUAGAACAGUGCGGGGCCCACCCCAGACUUCUGAUUCCGUGGGUCUGGGGUGGUCCUGAAAGUCUGCAAUUCCAACACGUUCCCAGGUGAGCUGGGGCCAGGGGAGCACACGUGGACAAGCCACUUUCCUGAUCUGUGCUGUCCACUGUGGCCGUCACUGGCCACGUGUGUACGGGAGCAUGUGGAGUGCAGCAAGUGCGAUGGCAAGACUGAACUUCUAGUUCCAUUUAAUUUAUUGACGUUUAAAACUUAACUUGAUCCAGGUAUUAGGGAACUUUUAAAUGUGUUAGGAACUUGGGUAUGCGAAUGUGUUUUUCGGACUGUAAAUUUUAUGAAAUCUACAUACAGAUCAGGUCUUCCUCAAGAAAAUUAAUGUCCAAGUUGAAAAAUAUGCAAGUUCAGAGUCUAAAACACUGGGCUUUGAAGACAUAGCAAUAAUUAGGAA